CCACAGGUGUAACCACCGCAGGCACUUAAUACAUUUCAGCAUUUUCAAAUGGCAACUCAAUUACCGCCUGUUAAUGCUACUGGAGUGGAGUAGCCUAUGUUUAUACAACGUUACACAGAUAAGCCUAAUAUUUCAGAGUUGCUCAUUUGACUAGUUAGGCCAACGGUGAACAUGUUUCCUCAUAUUAUACCAGUAUUCAAAUGCUGACUUACAGAAAACGAAAGACUAUCACAACCAAUAGACCGAGUUUAGUUUAGCGCCAUGACCUUGCCCCAGGGGAUCUGCCUGCUCAAACUUUAGCCGGCCCACGAUUUCAUGAGAAACACGGUCGGAAUCCUAGCCUGCCCUGAUCCAUAUUUACAAAAUUGACCAGCUGCAGCGGUGUCAUGUCGGUCGACGACCUCCCUUCCCGCUGAUGCUCAGGGCUCCUCCGACCUCCCGCCAGUCCCAACCAUGGACCCUUACCUGGAGGUGGGCCUCCGUUCCCCGGGCCCGGAUGACCAGGACACGCCAGACUUGGAGUGUUCCAUCUGCUUCAGCCAGUUCAACAAUGUCUUCCGCACGCCGAAGAUGCUCCAGUGCCAGCACACAUUUUGCCUGGAGUGUCUGGCGCGCAUGAACGUCAAGUCGGCCAAGCCGGACUCCAUCCAGUGCCCGCUGUGCCGAGGCCUCACCCCGCUGCCCGCGCUGGGGCUGCCCAAGCUGACCACGGACCCGGCGGUGGUCUCCUACCUCCCCGCGGCCAUGCAGCGUGUCUACAGCAUCCGAUUCAACCGCAAGAAGGGCAAGCUGCAGGUGAAGAGGCCCACGGACGCGGCGCCCUCCCUCCCCACGGUACGCUCCGUCAGCCAGUCCCUGGACGUGGGUCUGCCCAGCCCGCCGGAGGGAGAUGGGGAGAGGGGGGACCUUGAGGCAGGACGGGGGCGAAGGGUCAGGGCUCUGCUGAGGGUUUGUCGAAGGCCUGGGUGCAAGGCCUCCCUCUUGGUGUCCGUAGUGGUGAUGACUGUGCUGCUCACGGGCAUCAUCAUUUUCCUGCUCAUCAGUAGGAAGCUGGCGUAGACGAGGACGUCGCGGCCGUCAGAAUGGAAAAAGCGGACGCUCAGUGAAGCGCGAGUCAAAAUGACCUGAUGUUCCCGGGCCUGUCAUUUCAUCAAGUAAUCAAGGAUUUUUAGUGACUGGCCGCUUUUAGCACUUUGCUUACAAAAAACUUUUGAAAUAAGUACAAAUGUUAAAAUCUCGGCCUUCCUAUGAGUUUGAAUUUGGUAAAUGUUGGUCAAGUGCUGCGUUUUAGGCGUUUCAAAUUUCCUGGACCUUCUAUUAAAUUCUGUGGCUAUUCAGAAAUCCUUGCAUGGCACAUUCAGAAUUCCCUGCUUAUUCAUGCUUUAUUCCAAGACUCCUUCAAACAGGAUUUUUGGACAACUGGGGAGAGUUUAUAGAGAUUUCGCAAUUUUGCUGUUGUAUGGUUUUACGGUCUCUGGGUUUGUUUAUACAAGCAGUAAUGUAACCCCUUAAUAGGAUAGCUGUUGUCUCUAAGUUUCCAUGAGGUUAAAAAGGCUCAAUGUGCCCGAAUGCAAAUUGGUGGCAACUGACUAUGCAAAUCCAGGCUUACCUUUUCGAGUAAGACAGAUGUAACUAUGAGACCUGGGAACACUGCUGGUUGGAGAGAAUCCAUAUUGGAAACCGAGAGUAGGCUUUUCUGAUGAGAAAAGGACAUUUUAGCAAGAGGUUCAAGAUUUUAAGUGUGAAAUGAGAAUGUUUGUCCCAUGUGUGUUUUGGAUUAUUUAAUCCUGAACUUGGUGUAUAAAAAAACUGUAAAUUACUUAGAUAUCCAGCUGAAAUACUAUUCUAUGGGG